UCUCACAUUAAAUAAGCGCAAAAGUACGACAAUAAUUCAAUAGAAUGAAGAAAAUUAAUUAAAACAACAUAAUUUCAUGAAAAUAUUAUAUUUAUAUGCUAAAUAUAAAAUAUGUUAGAGAAAAUUGAUGGUCAUUUCUAAACAAAAUACAUAUGCAUGUUAUAAUCAGACAUGUCGGGUUGGAUAGUGAUAAAAUCAUGCCCACCCCAUUACCCGCGAUAUUCGGAUUCGGGUUUUACCCAACCCGACUAGGUCGGAUGCAGGCUGAUAUCCAUGGUUACAUAUAUUUUUGCCAUGCCUAACACUGAAGGGGUUAUAGAAAGUUGUCUCAUUCGACAUUUAUUGUGUUCAAAAUUAGAUUUUAGACAACCACAAAAUAUUGAUAAGGAGAGAAGUGUGAAGGAAAGAAGUAGUGAGUCCGAAAGGCGAAGGAACGAAGUAGUGAGAGAACACAUUAACAGUAUAAAAAAUUGGAAGAUGACACAUCAAUUUCAUACUAAAGGCAUACCAUGAGUUGGUCAUUAUUAUAUAAAGCAAUACAAUAGGGUAAAUGCCACAUUUGGUUACCGAGAUUACUAAAUCGUGUCAUGUUUAGUCACUAGAAAAAUUUAAUAUCAGUUUUAGUCGCUCGAAUUACUGAAUGAGGUCACAUUUAGUAAUUCGAGUGACUAAAUGUGACUUGUUUCAGUAAUUCGAGUGACUAAAUGUGACAUGUUUCAGUAAUUUGAGUGGCCAGAGUUGGACGGAGGCUAACGUGAGAGUGACUAAACGUGAUCUAAUUAAGUAAUUUGAUUGACCAAAAUUGAUGUUAAAUUUUUUCAAUAACUAAACAUGACAAGAAUUAGCAAUCUCAGUGACCAAAUGUCGCAUUUACCCAAAAAUCAAUCGAAGUGGUUAGCAUUAGCAAUGUCUUUAACCACACCACACCACCCAACCAAGCAAAUCAAAUUAUUUAGAAUUAUAAUAAAAAAAAUUUAAUCAAUCUAAACUACUCAAUACUAUUGAAAGAAAUAUCCAGAAAAGAAAUAUCUAGGACACCGUUCUUCCUAGCAACCACAGCGUUGAGGUACAAGUACAACGUAUGGAAAGAAAUAAUUGAAGGGGAAAAGAGUAGGAAGGAAACGACCCAAAAGUGCAAAGGCGAGGAGAGGAAUGGGGUCACAGUCCUCCCAUUCGUCCGUCGUCCUCACCAUCAUCGUCCCCAUCUGUGGCUGUCUGGUCUGCACCAAUCAAUCUCACCAUUUACUCAAUUAAAAAAGAAAAGCGAGAAGAAACGCGACAAAGGAAGAGAAAAUGGCGGAGCUGGUUUGUUCAUCAUUCCCCAUGCCUAUUCAAUUCCCUCCCUCUGGGAUAUUUUCCUCUUCACUCUCUCUCCCAUCAGCUUCGCCACUAAGAAAUCAAUAAGUGAGCAGAGUAAUCUUGGGGAUUCGGAUUUCCUCAAACCAAGAAGUUAAGUAAUCGGCGACCCGAAUCCAGACAUUCCCGCGGCUUGUUUCCCGGCUCCAUCUCCGAAAUCCUUUCCACCUGCCCCGGUGAAUUCCGCCUUCCACCUCCUGGCUUUCACCUGGUAAGCUACCUGCUGUUUUUUUCCUUUGGUUUGGUUGUUCAUUUGCUUCCAUAAUUGAGCUUAAAGUUGUGGGCUUUGUUUUAGUCUCAUAAGCUGUGGUAUUGUCUGGAGCUCGGUCCCAGCUCCACAUGGAGAAAUAAGGUCACCCAUCAAUGAAUUGUCAAAAUUAGCAUCUGGGUUCCGUUACUCGGCUUUUUUUUUACAGCUGGGUGUCUGUUAUUUUGUUUUUGUAACCUCCCUUCCCCAGCUUCGAUUCAGAGUUUUGGGUUUAAUAUCACUCUACGGAUUUGAUUCUUCAGGUGUAGUUUUGCAGAACCCUUGAGGUUUUGUGUUACCAUUGGAGCUCAAGCUGGUUUUCGAGUUGGUCUGGGUAUUAAGAAUGUCUAAUCCGAUUGCAAGAUCAUUUCAAGGGAAGGAGGAAAUGACUGAAAGUGGGACGGCGCAGCAGCCGAAUCAGUCGCAAUCUGCAUGGCUGGCUCAUUGGAUGCCUAGGAAUUAUGGGUUGGCGAAUGGAGCACCAACACCAGCUCCAUUAUCGGUAAAUAAUGAGGUCAGUGAAGAAGAUAGCCCUGGCAUGAAGUUUCAUCCUCUGCAGCUUACUUGGCGUGAAAAAGUCGGAAAGCGUAAAAUGGUGGAUCCUGUGAAGGGGAGUACGACAGUGGGUUUGGAACGGUUUAGGAAUGAACCUUCUGAAGGCCAGCCUUCUUUGAUGCUAGGUUGUUCUCGUGAUCUUGAGGUUGCUUUGCCUCCAACUAAAAAGAGGUUUGAUAGUGCACAUGUAACAGGCCCUGUAUCGAGACUGGAUGCUUCAUCGAGUAGAGUGGAGAGCAAGUUACCUGGCUCGGCUCCAUGGUUUGCUACUAGCCAAAUGGAAACUCGAUCGAGUGGACAAAAGCCUCCAAAGUGCGGUAAUAGACAUUCGGAGAAGGAUGGGUUUGGCCUUUCAAUGCAUUCAGAGGACUACUUUCCACGGACCACUUCUCGGAUUGUUCCGUAUGAGUCUGACAGACAAAGGAGUAGGUUACUAUCUUCUUUUCAUGAGCAGGAGAGUUUGAAUCGACCAAGCAGUUCUUUUUGGGAUCGCAUGAAGAAGAUGGAUUGCAAUGGUGCUCUUUUAGUUCAUGAUACCUCAAUCAGCAACAACGAGGGAAGAUGCUUUGCUGCUGAACAAGUGCUCGAGAUGCCUCCUCAGUAUUCUGAUACUGGAUAUUUUAGCUUCCAGAGUGCGCCCCCUGUAUCAGGAAUUCCUUCUUCUGCGCAUGAUGUACAGGCUAUGAGAGUGCGUACUACUAUCGAUUCUGUCACGGAUUUUUCUGCUGGUUGCUCAAAGGUUUUGCAUACAACUCACCGCUUCUUCAUCACAAAGAAGGCUACUGAUCCGGCCUUACCAGAUGAAGGUCAGAUGUUCCACCAGCCGCCAUUAUCUACAAAGUUCAAAGGGAAAGCAUUAGAUGAAUCAUUUGGUUUAGCACUGGACUAUUGCUCCCAUGGUAACCAAGGAGUGAAGCUGCAACCACUUGAGAGUUCCAGAGAAAGCAAGGGCCAAGAAGAAAGUGAGAAUGUCAAGAAUUCUAUAACUGGUUCAAAGAAUGGAUCGUCUUCUGAGACCAAUAUAAUGGACAUGGAUGCUUUUAGACAAAACCAUCUCCUUGGUUUGGCUUCGCCUCCAUCGAGUAAGGACAUGAACGGUGGCCGAAAAUCACCCAUAUCUCAAGAUGCAAUGAUCGCUUCAGUCAGCCAAGAAGUUAGAGCUAGAGCCUUAGAAACACAGUUGCCCGAUAUCAACGAAGAAUUUCAUGUGCUUCCUGAUUUGCUAGGGACAGCAGAUGGUACUAAGCAGUCAAGCACCUCAAUAACCCAAAGUUUGGAUGGGGACUGCUGGCCUCCUCAUGCUGACAACCCCACAAAUUGGAAGUCUAGUGCUUUACCAGACCCAGUGGGCCAGGAUCCCUGUAGUCGAUGGGUAAAACGUCUAAAGCCAAGUGCACCAGAUCUUGUUGCAUGUGACUUGGGGGAAGCCUCCCAUAAAAAAGUGUCGAGAAUCUUCAGCAAAAUGCUUAAAUGUGGCCAGGCAAGUUCAGAACCAAAUACAAUAAGCAAGCCGCAUUGUAAAGAUAUUGGUGGUAAUGAUUGUCGAACAGAGUCAGUAAAGAACACUGAACCUUCUCUUGCUAAUGGCAAGGGGAAAACACUAGACGCAAUCCACUCACAUCCUUGGAUACGACGGUGGUGUCGCGACCCAAUUACUUCUGUGGCAAGGAAACCUGAUUGUGUGAUGGCUAGUGAAUCACGAGCUGCAAAGUGGGGAGCAGCAGAUGACUUGCCCCGGAAGCAGUUUCCGAGCAUAGCUGCUAUGGCACUCAUGGGAAAGGCUAUGACUGGUUUUCGUCCAUGUGAAUUCAGGAAAAAGGGUUGUCUCAUACUUUGGAGUAACAAGGGCUAUUGAGAUGAACUGUCGCCAUAAGUUAGACUAGAUAGUUUGGAAUAAGCGUGUAAGGUGACC